UGAUUUACGCGGGAGGACGUCAGUGUUGAAAAUUCAACAAGAAUUGAGAACCUUAAAAAUCUGAUCUAAAUAUCCAUCUUGAUUUCAACUCAUUGUGUGAGGUCUUGAAUCUUCUAAGUAAAGUCUCUUUUUUUUUAUAGAAAAAGUCAAAAAACAAUUUAGGUUAGAGAUGGGUUGGUUUUGGAGGAAGAUGAAUAAGAAGCGAACAUUGGAGAGAGGGGCGAUGGUGUUGAAAGAUCUCAUCGAAUUAGGCCAUGGCAUAUCCAAUCCCAUCAAAUUCUUCUCUGCUGAUGAGAUCCUCAAAGCCACCAACAAUUUCAGCAAAUCUAAUCAUGUUUUUAGAUUAGCUUAUUACUCCGAUUGGUAUUCAGGUAAGAACGAGAACCAUCCCAUGAUACUCAUCAAGAAACGUGCUCGCUUUUGGAGCUUGAGGACAGAUCUUAUGUGCCGGGACAUAGCAGUUUCAUCGAUGGUGAGUGGUCACAAAAACUUUUUGAAAUUGGUUGGAUGUUGUCUUGAGUUGGAAAAGCCAGUCUUGGUUUAUGAUGGUGUGAAGAAACACUAUCGAUUAAAAAUAAGUGAACAGACGUGGAAAAGGAGAAUGAAGAUAGCAGAAGAUAUCGCUACUGCUUUAGCUUACCUUCACACUGCAUUCCCUAGGCCCUUCGUAUAUAGGACUUUGUUUCCUUGGAAUAUCUUAUUGGAUGAAGAUGGGGUCGCCAAGCUGAUUGAUUUCUCUUUCUGCGUCUCAAUCCCAGAAGGAGAAACAUUUGUCCGGGUUGACAGAGCAGAGGGAUUCUAUAGUUGGUUAUUGGACGAUAGUGGCAUAAGCCUUGACAGAGUAGUCUCAGAGAAAACAGAUGUAUUUGCCUUUGGAAUGUUUAUGGGUAGAAGGCUUCUAUUAGGAAACCGACGCAUAGGAGAAAAAGAAGAAAGUGAAGGUGGAGGUUCUGAUACUGGUUAUGCCAGUAAGAUGAAAAGACGUGUUCAAAAUGUUAUGUCAAAAUUAAAGGAAGACCGACGAAUGGAAGAGAUUGCAGAUCCAAAGAUGAUAGAAAAGAUGGGUCACAUUUCAGAACAAGAGCUUUGUCAAAUGAAUGCUUUCCUAAUGCUCUCACGGAGAUGCAUCGGUCCUAGUGAAGAAGUUCCAACGAUGGUGGAAGUUGCCAAAGAACUAAAGAAGAUCCAAAGAUCUCCUUAUAACGACUCUUCUUCUCCUUCAGAUGAAACCCAAUUCGACUCUGCCCAAGACAUUUCUUCCUCAGUCAUCCUCUCAAACCAGACUUAAAAACACAAAGGCAUUGCUUACAUGUAUUACUUGCCAGGUAUUUCACGAAAUGUUUCAAUGGGUUAUGUUGAGUUGGUUUCGUUUUUUCA